AUGACUUUUCUUUCUUCAUCACUAAAACUACAUUCUGGGUUGAGUCACUCACCGGCUGUUCACCUGCAUCUAUUCACGUUGUCGUUCACUCAGAAUCUAUACCGUCGAGCGAGCACGUCCCUGCGACCAGGCAAAGCGCAACCCAAACGAUUCCCUAAAAGAAAUUUGCCACAUUCAAACAACGAGGCUCACACAAAACAGCCCCACCAAAACCAAAAUCGUAAUCACUCCAAACCCUAUAAGAAGUCAUUACCAACUAGGUCUAUACUGGUGCACGACAUUCCUCUUAAACGGUUCCCUGAUUUCAAAAGUUGCGAUAAGUAUUUUAAACAAUUUGCUUCAUAUUAUAAAUUCACCUCAUUAAUGUUUUCCAUCACCACCAUCACUCACAAGACCUCGGACACGGCUCAUCCUUUGGUGAUGCUCACAAACCGUGAAGGGUCUCGGUACUUUUUCGGUAAGAUCCCAGAAGGUUCUCAACGUGUUCUCAAUGAAAACAGAUUGCGUUUGGGUAAAUUGAAGAGUAUUUUCUUCACUGGUACCACAUCCCAUUGGCUGGAAUUAGGUGGCUUACCUGGUUUGUUUCUAACCAUUAGUGACAGCACCAAGAAAAGUAUAGACGUCUUUAGUGGACUGUCGCUUCUCUCGUACGUGGUCUCCACCUGGAGAUACUUUGUGUUUCGUAAAGGUGUGGCAUUGAAGGUGAAUGAAAUAGAUGGUUCAGAAAUCUUGGGUGAUAGUAACAUUCGUGUCAAGCCAAUUCUAGCCAGAACAUCAUCUUCUCUUAAGUCUUCUCCUGCCCCUGAAGGGAUCAAAAAGAUUAUUUCAUUGAUGUUCCCGAUGGAUACUUCGCAGGUUAACAGUGAAGAUCCAAACCUGUACAAGUCGGAUCCCUCAGAGACUGAAAUCCAUACCCAUGUUAAGCUUCCAAUCCCAAGUACUAUUGGAGAGCCAUCAACGAACUACCUUGUUAGUUUUGUCCCUACUCGUGGAAAAUUCGAUCCUCAAAGGGCCAAAGAACUUGGAAUUACACCAGGGAAAGAUUUCCGUACAUUAUCCGAGGGUAAAUCCGUCAUAAACUCAGCUGGAGUUGAGGUCCACUCACACGAAGUCUUGGGGAAAUCAAAACAUUUCCCAAAUUUACUCUUUAUUGAUAUCCCAAACAAACACUACUUGAAGGAAACUAUAGAGAAAAUCCAAAUUGAAGUAGCAAAUAGUUCUCAACCUACUCUCUUGGUUUAUCAUUUUCUUCCAGAUGACGUUGAUUUCGAACUGAAUGAAUAUAUUCAAUUCUUGCAACUGUUCCCCAAAGAAUGUAAACAUGUGGUGAGUCAUUCUAAAAUUGCCCUGGAUACGCUUGUAUUUAAGACUUCGGCAAUCAACCUUCUUAAACUUAAGGCGUUACAAAAAGAAUGUUUCAAUCUUCCAUACAGGGAAGACUUUGGAGCUCGUACCACAGAGAUGGACGUUACACCAUUACAACUGCUUCAGAAAUAUGAUAUCGAAGCAGACAACAAACUUACGUUGGAUAAUUCAUUGGUUAUCAAUGAAACUUGGUCCGAGUUAUAUGAUCAAUGUGUAGCUCCAUUGAAUCUUGAGGGAGUUUCCAAAGAGCAAGUUAUAGAUCCAACGCCAAUUCCUUUGGAAACUCGCCAACCAACACUUAAGGACCUGGUUCAAGUGGUUACCUUGGGUACUGGUUCAGCCCUCCCAUCUAUGCAUAGAAAUGUCAUUUCAACUUUGGUUAGAAUCCCUUACAAAGAUGAACGCAACCAAUUGUCGUUUAGAUCAAUUCUUAUGGAUGGGGGUGAAAAUUCUCUUGGAACUAUGUGUAGAAACUUUGGAUAUGACGAUCAACUUGUUAAAGUUUUCCAAGAACUUGGUCUUAUAUAUCUAAGCCAUCUUCAUGCUGACCAUCAUUUGGGACUUGUUUCUGUGAUCAAGAAAUGGUUUGAGAUUAACAUCGAUCCAAGCAAGAAACUUUAUUUGGUUACACCUUGGCAAUAUGAUCGGUUCUUAUCGGAAUGGCUCAAGCUUGAAGCCGAUAGUGGGGUAGACAUGAACAGACUUGUUUAUGUUUCAUGUGAAGAUUUCCUUGCCAAGGAACUGCCAAUUCCAGAGUAUCAACAAUGUUCAUUGGAUGAAUUUGAACUGAAGUUCGACGUUGGUGAUAUUCAUAGUACUAUUUCCAGAGCACCAAUGCGUGCAAGAGACUUGGAUUCGAUUUCAGCUAUGUAUGCUGAUUUGAAUAUCAAAUCAAUUGCAACCUGUAGAGCAAUCCAUUGUUACUGGGCAUACUCAGUGUCGAUCUCCACUAUGUUAUCAAAAGACGAGACAUUUACGGUGAGUUACUCUGGUGAUACAAGACCAAAUGCUCGAUUUGCUGAAGUCGGAUACAAUAGUGAUCUCUUGAUUCAUGAAUCCUCUCUUGCGGAGGAUUUGAUUGAAGAAGCCCUUGCCAAAAAGCAUUCAACCAUGAUUGAAGCCGUGACAGUUUCUAAACUUAUGAAUUGUCCAAAGAUUAUUUUAACCCAUUUCAGUACUAGAUUCUCCAACAAGGCGGACUUGUCAGUGAGCCCUGAUGAUUUGGUUGAUAUCGGGAAAAACAUUAAGUCCUAUCUCAGUAAACAUGGUGUCAAUGGUCCUAAUAAUAUCUUGAUGUAUGACGAUGAACUUAAGGGUCACAACAAUCCAAAUAUUCGUAGAUACGAUGAAUUGGAAAUAUGUUAUGCUUUUGAUAGUAUGGCUAUAUGGUAUGGUGAUCUUCAUCUGGCCAACCUCAAGUAUAAUGAUAUGCUCAAGAUGUUCCAAACUGAAGAACUACAGAGUUAUACUGGAGAUCUUGGCACUCUUCAAGAAAAGAAGGACAGAGAGCUCGAGAGACAAAAGGAAAAGAGAGAGGCAAGAAGGGAUCAAAGAUUGAAGAUUAAGAAGAGAAGAGUAAGUAGUAGUAGCAAUAGUCUGGGUGAGUAA